UAGGUCAACGCUGUAAAGUGGAUUCCAAGUGUAAAGGGGAGGGUCUAUGAGGUGACAUUCUAGAAGGGUGAAGAAGGGAGGACAGGCGGCAGAUCACUAUUCCCUCACAAACCGGGGCUUUGGGGAAGCCAUGUCCUACUUCAGGACUCCACAAACUCAUCCAGGUCCUCUGCCUUCCGGCCAAGGUGGGGCUGCUUCUCCAGGCUUGUCCCUUGGCCUCUGUAGUCCUGUAGAGCCAGUGGUGGUGGCCUCUGGUGGAACAGGCCCACUGAGCCAGAAAGCUGAGCAGAUGGCACCUGCUGCCCAGGCCGGGGGCCCAGCCCUGGCAAUGCCACAAGCCAGGGGCUGCCCUGGGGGGACUAGCUGGGAGACACUACAGAAGGAAUACAGCCGAAACUGCCACAAAUUCCCGCAUGUGAGGCAGCUGGAGAGCUUGGGCUGGGACAGUGGCUACUCCAGAAGCAGAGCCCCUGACCUGGGUGGCCCCAGCAGGCCUAGGCCCCUGAUGCUGUGUGGGCUGUCACCACGGGUUCUACCGGUACCCUCUGAAGCAGUGGGGAAGGAGGCCAGCUCCCAGCCUGAUAUCUGCAUCCUCACCCUCGCUAUGAUGAUCGCUGGCAUCCCCACCGUGCCUGUCCCAGGAGUUCGGGAAGAGGACCUGAUCUGGGCCGCUCAAGCUUUCAUGAUGGCCCAUCCAGAGCCAGAGGGUGCUGUGGAGGGGGCGCAGUGGGAGCAGGCGCAUGCCCACACAGCCUCUGGGAAGAUGCCCCUAGUGAGAUCUAAGAGGGGCCAGCCUCCUGGCUCCUGCUUGUAGAUGGAUGAAAUAGCACCAGAUAUGUAGGGUG